AUGACGGACAAAGCGAUUGAGCGGGUUGCAUCCAAGGAAUUGGUCAGUACCAAGACUGCUGAUAUUGCAUUCACCGGUGAGAGCGAUGUUUCCCAUGAACUUCAUUUUGUACGUCGCGGUGAGGAGCUCGCCGAAUCAUCAUUGAGCCUGGAAAGCAUCGAUGGCUACGAUUCGGAAUUGAUGAGCGGCAGAACAUUGCUCACGGCGGAAGAAGAAAAAAAGUUGUUACGCAAAAUCGAUUGGCGCUUGAUGACGCUUUGCUCACUUAUCUUCAUGUUCAAAAAUUUGGACAGCAAUAAUGCGUCCAAUGCUCGAAUCAUGAAUAAGGGAACGGAUCAAAAUAUCAUGACACAACUCGGAAUUACAUCCAAUGAGUACAAUCUGGUGACAGUUCUUUACUAUAUCCCAUAUAUUGUUCUCGAAGCACCGUCGAACUUGUUGCUCAAAAGAUUUUCACCUUCCAAGUGGCAGUCGAGGAUCAUGGUGAGCUGGGGUGUGGCUCUUAUGUGCAAUGCUGCCGUGAAGAAUAAAGGGGGUUUGUUCACCACGCGGUUCCUGCUCGGCUUGGCCGAAGCUGGACAGUUCCCUGGUGUGAUUCUUCAGAUGACUUACUGGUAUCGCCCGGACGAGAUGUCUUUACGAUUACUUUACUUUUAUAUUUGUGGAAAUGUGUCGGGAAUCUUCAGUGGUCUUCUCGCCUACGCCUUUGACACGGUCUCUGGCGCAGGAGGCCUUUCCGGAUGGCAAUGGUUGUUCCUCACGGAGGGCAUCGCGACCGUCCUUUUCGGUGUUGUCAUCUGGUUCCUACUCCCAGACUUCCCAGAGACUGCGAAAUGGUUGACCGAGAGGGAGAAGAAAUUUAUCCAGGCGCGACUACCAUCUAACUCCCCUCGUGCGAAUGAGCAGAACUUCAAUUUCCGUGAAGUGAUAGACUCUCUGAAAGAUGUCAGAUUGUGGCUGUUUACACUCAUCUGGGCUACCUUUACAGUGGGAACAAAUGGCGUCACCUUCUAUCAGUCAACAGUGAUCGCCGACCUUGGCUACACGAGCAUUGCUACAGCCCAACUCCUCAACAUCCCCAUCACUGUCUGCGGUCUCCUCUUCAUCGCUGCAACAGGAAUCACAGCAGAUCGCAGCCGGAUUGCCCGACCGCUAUACCCACUUGCAUUUCUUCUCAUCAUCAUAAUCUGCUAUGGAGUUUUCGUGGCCUACCCAAGCCACGGUGCAAUAUAUGCCGUGACACUGAUCGGGAAUGCUUUGACUGCAGGGUGGUACCCUGUCAUGUGGCCAUGGCGAGUUCAGACCACCUCCCGAUCCACUGGCUCCGCGUUCUCUAUUGGAUUUGUCAACAGCUACGGCCAGAUUGGCGGUGCGAUCGGUCCGCAAUUAUUCAAUAGCAAGUACGGUCCUCAUUACACGGUUCCCUUCUCUGUGGCUAUGGGGCUUGUGGGUCUUUGUGCUAUCUUGACGCUGGUGACGUGGUGGGUGACUUGGGACACAGAACGCGAUACAAGGCGGCUGAAGCUGGCUAAAAUUGCGGCGGAAAGAAGAUGCGAGAUUAUUUUGGAAGAUGUUGUGGAUAACGAUUUGAAGAAUCGUUAA